CCCGCGUCCGAGCGUCCGUCCGCGCCGUCUGCCAUGGCCGCGCGCUCCGCGGGCCCCGUGCGCCGCUGCCUGCUGGCGCUCGUGCUGUGCUGCGGCGGGGGGGCGCUGGCGGUGGUCGCCCCGAAGCCGGGUGCCGGGUGUCCCAGCCGCUGCCUGUGCUUCCGGACCACCGUGCGCUGCAUGCAUCUGCUGCUGGAGGCCGUGCCGGCGGUGGCGCCGCAGACCUCCAUCCUGGAUCUUCGCUUUAACAGAAUUAGAGAGAUCCAACCUGGGACGUUCAGGCGGCUGAGAAACCUGAAUACGCUGCUUCUCAACAAUAAUCAGAUCAAGAAGAUACCAAAUGGAGCAUUUGAAGACUUGGAAAAUUUAAAAUAUCUCUAUUUGUACAAGAAUGAGAUCCAGUCAAUUGACAGGCAAGCAUUUAAGGGACUUGCCUCUCUAGAGCAACUAUAUCUGCAUUUUAAUCAGAUAGAAACUUUGGACCCAGAGUCAUUUCAACAUUUGCCAAAGCUGGAGAGACUAUUUUUGCAUAACAACCGGAUUACACAUUUAGUUCAGGGGACAUUUAAUAACUUGGAAUCUAUGAAAAGAUUGCGACUGGACUCAAAUGCGCUCCACUGUGACUGUGAAAUCCUGUGGUUGGCAGAUUUGCUGAAAACCUAUGCCCAAUCAGGGAACGCGCAGGCGGCAGCCACCUGCGAACACCCAAGGCGCAUCCAGGGGCGGUCAGUGGCGACAAUCACCCCGGAAGAGCUGAACUGUGAAAGGCCGCGGAUCACGUCAGAGCCGCAGGACGCAGACGCCACCUCGGGGAACACCGUGUACUUCACCUGCAGAGCCGAGGGCAACCCCAAACCCGAGAUCAUCUGGCUCCGAAACAAUAACGAGCUGAGCAUGACGACAGAUUCCCGCUUGAACUUGUUGGACGAUGGAACCCUGAUGAUCCAGAACACCCAGGAGACGGACCAGGGCAUCUACCAGUGCAUGGCGAAGAACGUGGCUGGCGAGGUGAAAACGCAUGAGGUGACCCUCAGGUACUUUGGGUCUCCAGCCCGACCCACUUUUGUAAUCCAGCCACAGAACACGGAGGUGCUGGUUGGGGAGAGUGUCACCCUGGAGUGCAGUGCCACAGGCCACCCCCCACCACGGAUCAGCUGGACCAGGGGUGACCGGACACCCUUGCCAGCUGACCCUCGUGUGAAUAUCACACCUUCUGGCGGCCUUUAUAUACAAAACGUCGUCCAGGGGGACAGCGGAGAGUACACGUGCUUUGCAUCCAAUAGUCUUGAGAGCAUCCACGCCACGGCUUUCAUCAUCGUGCAGGCUCUUCCUCAGUUCACUGUGACUCCUCAGGACAGAGUUGUCAUCGAGGGUCAGACGGUCGAUUUCCAGUGUGAGGCAAAGGGCUACCCACAGCCUGUCAUCGCCUGGACCAAGGGAGGAAGCCAGCUCUCCGUGGACAGGCGGCACCUGGUCCUAUCAUCAGGAACUCUCAGAAUCUCCGGGGUCGCCCUCCAUGACCAGGGCCAGUACGAGUGCCAGGCUGUCAACAUCAUUGGCUCGCAGAGAGUUGUAGCCCAGCUGACCGUGCAGCCCAGAGUCACACCAGUGUUUACCAGCAUCCCAAGCGACAGGACAGUGGAGGUGGGAACCAACGUGCAGCUGCCCUGCAGCUCCCAGGGGGAGCCCGAGCCAGCCAUCACCUGGAACAAGGAUGGGGUUCAGGUAACGGAAAGUGGAAAAUUUCACAUUAGCCCCGAAGGGUUCUUGACCAUCAAUGACGUUGGGACUGCGGACGCGGGGCGCUACGAAUGUGUGGCCCGGAACACCAUUGGCUACGCCUCGGUGAGCGUGGUGCUCAGCGUGAACGUUCCUGAUGUCAGUCGAAACGGGGAUCCGUUUGUGGCCACAUCGAUCGUUGAAGCCAUCGCGACUGUGGACAGAGCUAUAAACUCAACCCGAACACACUUGUUUGACAGCCGUCCUCGCUCUCCAAAUGACUUACUAGCCUUGUUCCGGUACCCGAGGGACCCCUACACGGUGGAGCAGGCGCGGGCUGGGGAGAUCUUUGAGCGGACGCUGCAGCUCAUCCAGGAGCACGUGCAGCACGGCUUGAUGGUCGACCUGAAUGGAACGAGCUACCACUACAAUGACCUGGUGUCUCCGCAGUACCUGAGCCUCAUUGCCAACCUGUCGGGCUGCACCGCCCACCGGCGCAUCAACAACUGCUCAGACAUGUGUUUCCACCAGAAGUACAGGACCCACGACGGCACCUGCAACAACCUGCAGCAUCCCAUGUGGGGCGCCUCGCUCACCGCUUUCGAGCGCCUGCUGAAAGCCGUGUAUGAGAACGGGUUCAACACACCCCGGGGCAUCAACCCCCACCGGCUCUACAAUGGGCACGUGCUGCCCAUGCCCCGCCUGGUGUCCACAACCCUGAUAGGCACGGAGACCGUCACACCCGACGUGCAGUUCACCCACAUGCUCAUGCAGUGGGGCCAGUUCCUGGACCACGACCUGGACUCCACGGUGGUGGCCCUCAGCCAGGCCCGCUUCUCUGACGGGCAGCACUGCAGCUCCGUGUGCAGCAACGACCCCCCCUGCUUCUCUGUCAUGAUCCCCCCCAAUGACCCGCGGGUCAGGGGCGGGGCCCGCUGCAUGUUCUUCGUGAGGUCCAGCCCCGUGUGUGGCAGCGGCAUGACCUCCCUGCUCAUGAACUCCGUGUACCCUCGGGAGCAGAUUAACCAGCUCACGUCCUACAUCGAUGCCUCUAACGUGUACGGGAGCACAGACCACGAGGCUCGCAGCAUCCGCGACCUGGCCAGCCACCGCGGCCUCCUGAGGCAGGGCAUUGUGCAGAGGUCCGGGAAGCCGCUGCUGCCCUUUGCCACGGGGCCACCCACCGAGUGCAUGCGGGAUGAAAACGAGAGCCCCAUCCCCUGCUUCCUAGCCGGGGACCACCGCGCCAACGAGCAGCUGGGCCUGACCAGCAUGCACACGCUCUGGUUCCGCGAGCACAACCGCAUCGCCACGGAGCUGCUCAAGCUGAACCCGCACUGGGACGGUGACACCAUCUACUACGAGACCAGGAAGAUCGUGGGGGCAGAGAUCCAGCACAUCACCUACUGGCACUGGCUCCCCAAGGUCCUGGGGGAGGUGGGCAUGAAGAUGCUGGGCGAGUACCGCGGCUACGACCCCAGCAUCAAUGCUGGAAUCUUCAACGCCUUCGCCACGGCCGCCUUCAGGUUUGGCCACACGCUUGUCAACCCGCUGCUCUACCGACUGGACGAGCACUUCCAGCCUGUCGCCCAAGGCCACAUCCCCCUCCACAAAGCCUUCUUCUCUCCAUUCCGGAUCGUGAACGAGGGGGGCAUCGACCCGCUGCUCAGGGGACUGUUCGGGGUGGCGGGGAAGAUGCGCGUGCCCUCCCAGCUGCUGAACACGGAGCUCACGGAGCGGCUCUUCUCCAUGGCACACACGGUGGCCCUGGACCUGGCUGCCAUCAACAUCCAGCGGGGCCGCGACCACGGCAUCCCACCCUACCACGACUACAGGGUCUACUGCAACCUGUCAGCGGCCCACACGUUUGAGGACCUGAAAAAUGAGAUCAAGAGCCCUGAGAUCCGGGAGAAGUUGAAGAGGCUGUACGGCUCCACGCUCAACAUCGACCUCUUCCCAGCCCUCAUGGUGGAAGACCUGGUCCCUGGCAGCCGGCUGGGCCCUACCCUCCUGUGCCUGCUCAGCACGCAGUUCAGGCGCCUCCGGGACGGGGACAGGUUGUGGUAUGAAAACCCAGGGGUGUUCUCCCCCGCCCAGCUGACCCAGCUCAAGCAGACGUCCCUGGCCAGGAUCUUGUGCGACAACUCGGACAACAUCACGCAUGUGCAGGGGGACGUGUUCAGGGUGGCGGAGUUCCCGCACGGGUACAGCAGCUGUGCCGACAUCCCCAGGGUGGACCUCCGUGUGUGGCAGGACUGCUGCGAAGACUGCAGGACCAGGGGACAGUUUAAUGCGUUUUCAUAUCAUUUCCGAGGCAGACGGUCUCUUGAAUUCAGCUACCGGGAGGACAAGCCCACCAAGAAAAUGAGACCACGGGAAAUACUGAGUGUUGUGAACCACAGCCAACAUCCCAGCAAUGCCACGUCAGCCGCCUAUGAGCACUCAAAAGGACCAGGGACAAAUGACUUCAAAGAAUUUGUUCUGGAAAUGCAAAAGACCAUCACAGACCUCAGAAAACAGAUAAAGAAACUUGAGUCGCGGCUCAGUGCCACAGAGUGCACGGACGCCAGCGGCGAAUCACACACCAACAACGCAAAGUGGAGGAAAGACGCGUGCACCGUUUGUGAAUGCAGAGACGGGCAGAUCACCUGCUUCGUGGAGGCUUGCCCACCUGCCACGUGUCCAGCACCUGUGAAGAUCAAAGGAGCGUGUUGUCCCGUCUGCUUGAAGAAAACCACGGAGGAAAAGCCGUAGGCUCUGGAGAAGCUCCUUGAAGUUAGUCUGCUGGGUCAUCGUGAGAUCAGAUGGCCGAUACAGGCAGCUGCAGACCAAAGGAAACAUCCAGGACUCAAGACGUUUCAGGACAAUGUCCAGCUGGUGCUGUUACAGAACGUAGUGCAGGAAGCUUUCGACUGGAGUGCUCGUCAGGAAGGACACACGGAGCGGACACACGGAGGGGAAGCAGGCACGAGUCCUAACUUCAUGUUAGAUUUCUCAGGUUUUUAUUUAAUUCUGUUCAGAUGAAAACUUGGUGCUACUAUUAAAUCGCACAGUUAAUCCUUUAGGCUUCUAAAUUGAUUUCUCCUAAUAACACCACUUCUUUUUAAAUAAAGCAGGAUCCCUGUAAAUGUUAGUACUGCCUGGCUCUGACACCGGGAGCUCACAGAUGCUUCGCCCGCAGGUGGGGUGAUUACGGAGCCACCAGAAGGUGGCUCGCCAAAGUCUGGGUUACAUCGAAUGCUACAUUUAAAAAGAAAAUCAGUGUUUGGCAAAUGGAACAGAAUCUUGUAUGAGCAUGUUCACAGGGACACAGGCUCCCGGCUCCCUCCAUGGUAACCUUGGCCACCUCCCUCUUCUGGGUUCUCUGUAACGUUUGUUUCGCAGGUCAUCAGCGUUAAAUCAUGAAACAGACAUUCCCGCCACUCAGAGCGGCUUUGCACCGUGACUCUGGGUCAGCUCUGUCCACACAUGAUCGUAACAUUAUUAGUCCACAUUUAGGAACAGGUUUGUUUUCACUUGUGACUUGCAUGCGUACUGCCUAGUUGUGAACCGAAUGUGAAAACCCUCUUUCAUCCCAUUCCAUAUCUGACGAUACCUGCUGGUGACCGUGUGCGUUGACAAAACCGGUCCAUAGCCGGCUCUGGAUUUGCUCAUACCCGUGAGGCUCUGUCGCUGACUGGAGCACACGGCGGAAGUGCCACCCUCCAGAUUCUUCUUCUCAUGGGCUGAAGGAAUUCGAUUUUGAGAAUUUUUUAACUUUAGGUUGUGUGAGUGCGUUAAGAAAAAAAAAGGAACCCCUAUACCUCAUUUGUAUUUUUAAAAUGCAUGAUGUUUUAUGAAAAUUUGCCCAUUUUUUAGGUGUUAGAUAUGGCAGGAAAUCAUUUCCACUAUGCAAAAGUUCUUCUAGGAUUCAGUGAAAGCAACUCUCAUACCUCAUGGUCUCUCUCUUUUUAAUUGACUGAAACCUUCCGUUUUGUUCUGAAUGCCACCUGGUCUGUGUUCUGAGAAAUGUUUCCCUGAACAUGCAAGUCCAGCUCAACACACCUUUACUUGAGGGUCCACUGUGGGCCAAGCUCUGUGCUGGGGAUACAAGAUGCAGAAAUGCAGGGACCCCUGACCUCAGAGAGCCUCCAGCUGAGGUGGCAGGUUUCCAAAAUUGGUGGCAUCAUAUUGAGACCAUUAUUAGUGGGGGGUGGCAGGAAGGUCCCAGCAGUGUCUGGCACAUCAUGGACUCUUAUGAUGUCGGGUGUGAUUUGCACAUGAUGCAUAUUCCAGUGCGAGCAUCAUUCUCCCUGAAAGAGACACCCCAAAACCUCCCUGCACAGUGUUCCAAGUCUGCUGGGGAUGUGGGCAACAAUCCUGCCGUGAGGUGGUCACAGUGAAUUUGUGGCGUUUAUGUACACAAACGGUUAUCUUGACUUGUCAUCUUCGUGUUAAUAAAUAAUAAAUCAGAGCUGGUUGCUGUCCCAUGGGACGUGAACUUCUUUGGAAAUAUCAAGUCAGAUUUUGUGAUCAGAUCUUGGCACAGAUUUCUGUAAACUAGGAAAUGUGUAAGUGUGUCUAAAAUUUGAUGGUUAUGUAAGUUGCUCAGGUAUAAAACGACAGUAGAUCCUACAUUUUGGGGGUGUCUUGCUGUUUCCUAAGUGCCUUGGAGGUGUGCUCAUGGUCUCCUGCCAGGGAGCGUGCGUGGAGGGAGGUCAGGCGUGCAGCUUGGGCAAGUGUCAAGGGUUUACAUUCUCUAAACCGAAGCGGGGGAAGCUGACUGUGAUUUACAGUAAAAUUCUGUAAUUCAGACCAAAAUGUCCGCAGUAUCACCAGUUUGAUAUUAUAUAUAUUAUCAAAACAGUGGGCAGUUCCUGAACAAUGUUUUUUAGCAGCCACUGUAGGGGGAUUGCGCUUAUAGGAAGCAAAGUGUACAUAUUUAUUUACUUUUCUAACUGUUGCCAAUAGCCAAAUAAAUGCCUUUUUAAGGUUCAUUGUAUUUAGUACCUUACCAAAGACGUGUUUGCACUAUGUAAUG